AGCGCGCGCUGCUGCUUUUCACACACACAUACACACACACACACACACACACACACUCCUCUUUAUCGCUCUCUUCCCCAAGUCUCGUGUUUGUGGAGUUUGGCACACGCGCAGCAUCACAUCGAUCACCGUGUCAUCUAAAUAUGUCGGUGUGAACGGAGAGAAAAGAGCAGAGAGAAGCCGAGGGAAGAUGAGAUCGGCGCGUCUGUGGAUGCUGGUCUGUUUGGCGACUGCGUGUUGUCAGCUUGGCACCGGUGAUAAAUACGGUUGUCUGUUUGAUGAAGGCCUUUGCUCCAGAGGGGAGAUUUGCUGGGAUGAUGAGCUGUUUGGUCAGUGUCUUGCGGAGAGACAGGAAAGGUUUCGCUACAGGGUGACUGCAGUUCUGUUGGACAGACUACAGUCAUUACUGCAAACACUCAUGAAGGAAGGACUAACUUGGCAGGAUGAUGUUACCCAAUCAGUGAUUAAGAAAGAACUCAGCAAAGUGCCGAAGAUCCCACUGUCUUCUGGCACAAAGAAUGGCCCGUCCAUAGAGUCUCAGAGUGGCUCUACAAAUCAGCUCAACUCCAAACAGGCACAUCCCUACAUGGACUACAUGAUUGUCGAUCCGCCUCAAUCUUCUCUCCAUAUGCAAAGUCUGGAUCCUUAUAGCUACCAGAGAUAUGGUUAUCAAGAUGAAGAGGAGCGCUCUUUAAACCUGGUGGAGAAGGGCAGAUAUCCCGCAUCCUCCUCUCGUGUCAGGGGAAAUCCUCCAGUUCCUCCAUCUCUGGAUAAGGAUGAUCAGCUUCUGCAGGAUCUGAUGACUCUCCUCCUUUCCUCUCCUGCACAGCCCAGCUCACGCCAUCGUGUGGCAGCACCACACUCCACCUCAUCUUUUUUCCAGGAUCUGGACUUCCCGCUUGAAUACAAGGAUUAUAACAAGGACACUUUUUCCCAGGAUGAAAGGAUCAGCAGCCAGCGAGAGCCAAAGAAAGGUCCCCAGAAGUAUGGAAGCUUUUCUGCGCACAGCGCUGCAGGAACAUCUCAACAAGGCCUAAAUGAGCUGCUUCUGCAACAUGGGUUUGAUCUAAAUCACCUGAACCCUGAGGAGAUGGAGCGUCUCUUCUCUGUCCUUCAGUUCCUGCAAAAUGAGCCACCAAAUAAUCAGAGAAAAUCUGAAGCCAAGGAUUCCUCUGCGCCUCCAAAAGUGAUGAAGAUUACCGAAGGAGAGAUGACCCAUGUGGUGGAGAAGGCUUCUUCACCCGCUUCAAAUUCCUCCUCUCCUCCGCUCAAACCUGGACCUCAAACCUCCCCCAAGAGCCCCGGCUCCCCAGGGGCCUCAAAGGAUAACUCCAUCCCAACGGGCGCAAGUGUACUAGGGCCUUUAACUCUCAAGCAAGAGGAAGGGCCGCUUGGAAAGGGAGCCCUGAGUGUGCAACCAGGAAAGAAUAAAACUAAGAUAAAGGAGGAGUUUGGAUACAUUGUCACCAAUCAGAGCCCUCUCAAUCUGUCUGAUGGGGUUCAUCUCCUCAAGACCCUUGCUGAGAGGAUCCAUCUCACUACUGACUCUUUCAUCAAUAUCAGUGUGGUUGGUCCAGCUGUCACUUUCCGGGUGCUCCCGAACAGCCAGAAUUUAACAGCAAGUGAGAUUUCCGAAAAGACUGUGGCUCAAAAGAACCUUCUAGAAACAGAGACUGGUCUGAAGGUGCUUCAGGCAGGUGUCGGUGAGAAGAGCGAAGGCCAUGCGUUGCCUGUGGCAACACGUGUUCGUGACAACACCCAGUGGGUCUUCCUCAUGUUUGUGGGUGUGGCUUGUUUGGGUGGACUCCUGGUGGGGGCGUUGACCAUCGCCUGUCUGCGCACUCAUGCCCGUCAUUUAGCAUCAGGGAAACUGGGACUGGGGCCUGAAGCAGGAAACGUGACACAUUAUGAGUACCAGGAUCUUUGUCGGCAGCACAUGGCUGCUAAGUCCUCUCUGGGCAGGCAGGACUGUGGCGUCGGAGCUGCAGGUGGUGCUGGACCGGGAGCUGUGGGAGGAGGUGGCGGUGGAGGAACAGAUACGUCACGUGUCAGCAGUGUGUCUUCACAGUUUAGCGACGCCCCUCAGCCAAGUCCUAGUUCACACAGCAGCACCCCCUCCUGGUGCGAGGAGCCAGCACAGUCUAACAUGGAUAUCUCCACUGGGCACAUGAUUCUGGCAUAUAUGGAAGAUCAUCUGAAGAAUAAAGACCGCUUGCUUAAAGAGUGGGAGGCUCUGUGCUCCUACCAGGCAGAACCCAGCACCAUCUCAGCAGCUCAGAGUGAAAGUAACAUCAAGAAGAACCGCUGCUCGGAUGCCGUGCCCUAUGACCAUUCCAGAGUGAAGCUGAAAGCUGAGAUUAACCCAUCCAGGACAGAUUACAUCAAUGCCAGCACCAUUAUUGAGCAUGACCCCCGGAUGCCAGCGUAUAUCGCCACCCAAGGACCCCUCUCACACACCAUCUCUGAUUUCUGGCAGAUGGUUUGGGAAAGCGGGUGUACAGUCAUAGUGAUGAUGACAGCUCUGGUUGAGGAUGGAGAAAAGCAGUGUGAUCGCUACUGGCCCGAUGAAGGCUCUUCUCUAUACCACAUCUACGAGGUGAACCUGGUGUCUGAGCAUAUCUGGUGUAAUGACUUCCUGGUGCGUAGUUUCUACCUGAAGAACGUCCAAACCCAGGAAACUCGCACCCUGACUCAGUUCCACUUCCUAAGCUGGCCCGCACAGGGAAUACCCACUUCCACACGCCCUCUGCUGGACUUUCGCAGGAAAGUCAACAAGUGCUACCGUGGACGCUCCUGCCCCAUCAUUGUGCACUGCAGUGAUGGUACAGGCCGGACUGGAACAUAUAUCCUGAUUGACAUGGUCCUGAACCGCAUGGCUAAAGGAGUGAAAGAGAUCGAUAUUGCUGCAACCCUGGAGCACAUUCGAGAUCAAAGACCAGGAAUGGUUCGCACCAAGGAUCAGUUUGAGUUUGCUCUCACCGCUGUGGCCGAAGAGGUUAAUGCUAUCCUCAAAGCUCUACCGCAGUAAAAUGAAUGGCUGUAUGAAGUCGACUCACACACAUACAUACGCAUACUAUUACAACUACAUGCAUGUGGGCAAUCAUGCCUUAAAUGGCCACCGAGGUUAGUAUUAUGGAUGUGCAUGAGUAAUGGAACUAGUCAAGUACUUGUUUACUAAAACACGAUUUGCACUUUGAGUUUUCUUUGCUGAAAUGAUUAUUGCUAAACCCUUCACGUAAAUCAUGUUACACUACAUAAGUUAGACUGUGAUAUGAAAGGGUGAAAGAUCCAAGUGUGCGACAUUUCAAUCUUUAUGGUUUUGAUUAGGGUCAUGCUUUCCACUAGAUAAAGAUCAGCUUUUAUGAUGGAAAGAAAGCCACCAGGAGAUAUGAGAGAGUUUUCUGUGGCCGAAGAGCACUUUUUUACCCACAGCAAACACCGUUAAAGGGAUAGUUUACCUAAAUACUAAGAUUUUGUCAAAAAUUCACCCACCACUCACUUAUCACAAAUCUGCUUCUUCUUUUGGACACAAAGAUGAUAUUCUGAAAAAAGUUGGAAGCCUGUAAGCAUUGACUUACCAAAGUAUUUUGUUUUCCUUUUAAGUAUAUCAAUGGUUACAGGCUUUUUUAAAGCUUUUUUUCAGAAUCUCUUCUUAGUGUUCAAAAGAUAAAAGGUUUGUGAUUGAGUGGUGAGUACAUUUUUGACAAGUUUUCAGUAAAAAAAA